AUGAGGUGGCUUUCUUCAGAGGCAGGUCUGUCCACCUGGUCCCAGCAUUCCAGAUCUCGACAUCACAGGACUUCAUGUUCCAGAGAUGAAGAUCGGAAACCUUCUGAGGUGUUCAGAACGGACCUGAUCACUGCCAUGAAGUUACAUGACUCCUUCCAGCUGAACCCUGAUGAAUACUAUGUGCUGGCAGAUCCCUGGAGGCAGGAGUGGGAAAAGGGAGUUCAGGUGCCAGUUAGCCCAGGGACCAUCCCAGAACCAGUAGCCAGGGUUGUGUCCGAGACAAAAGCUGUCACGUUUACACGUCCCAGGAAGUACAUUGCCUCGUCGGGGUCGGAGCCUCCGGAGCUGGGAUACGUCGACAUUCGCACCUUGGCUGACAGUGUGUGUCGCUACGAUCUCAAUGAUGUGGACGUGGCAUGGCUGCAGCUUGCCAAUGAAGAAUUCAAAGAAAUGGGGAUGCCUGAGCUGGAUGAGUACACAAUGGAAAGGGUCAUGGAGGAGUUUGAACAACGCUGCUAUGAUAACAUGAACCACGCGAUCGAGACGGAAGAAGGACUCGGGAUUGAGUACGAUGAAGAUGUUGUCUGUGAUGUGUGUCAGUCCCCGGAUGGAGAAGAUGGCAAUGAAAUGGUCUUCUGUGACAAAUGCAACAUUUGUGUGCACCAGGCCUGCUACGGGAUCCUGAAGGUGCCUGAGGGCAGCUGGCUCUGCAGGACCUGCGCGCUGGGCGUGCAGCCCAAGUGCCUGCUGUGUCCCAAGAAGGGAGGAGCCAUGAAGCCCACCCGGAGCGGCACCAAGUGGGUGCACGUCAGCUGUGCCCUGUGGAUUCCAGAGGUGAGCAUUGGAAGCCCAGAAAAAAUGGAGCCCAUCACAAAGGUUUCCCACAUUCCCAGCAGUAGGUGGGCACUGGUGUGCAGCCUCUGUAAUGAGAAAGUUGGAGCUUCUAUACAGUGUUCAGUGAAGAACUGCAGAACAGCCUUUCACGUCACCUGUGCGUUUGAUCGCGGCUUGGAGAUGAAGACCAUCUUGGCAGAGAACGACGAGGUGAAGUUUAAGUCCUACUGUCCCAAGCACAGCUCCACUAAGAAAGCAGAUGAUGAGGCUUCGAAUGAAAGCCCAGGGCAGGAGAACGGGAAUGGGAUUCAGGACAGCUCUCUCCCUGCCCACAUGGACCCUUUCCACAGCAUGGAUCAAAAGCAGGAGGAGGCCCACAGAGUCAGCCUCCGCAAGCAGAAGCUCCAGCAGCUGGAGGAUGAGUUCUACACGUUUGUUGAGUCUUCGGAAGUGCGGCUGCCGGAGGAGCCGGUGGAAUUCCUUUACCAGUACUGGAAGCUGAAGAGAAAAGCCAACUUCAAUAAGCCUUUGAUUACCCCAAAGAAGGACGAAGAGGACAAUCUGGCUAAACGGGAACAGGAUGUUCUGUUCAGGAGGCUGCAGCUCUUCACGCACCUCCGGCAGGACCUGGAGCGGGUGCGUAACCUCACGUACAUGGUGACCCGGAGGGAAAAAAUCAAGAGAUCUGUUUGCAAAGUUCAAGAGCAGAUCUUUAACAGCUACGCAAAGCAGUUGGAGCAAGAAAGAGUCUCAGGUGUGCCUUCCUCAUUCUCCUCCAUGGAAAACACAGUGCUGUUCAACAGUCCAUCUCUGGGCCCCAAUGCCCCCAAGAUAGAGGAUCUGAAGUGGCAUUCUGCAUUCUUCAGGAAACAGAUGGGCACAUCCCUAACCCACUCCUUGAAAAAACCGCACAAGAGAGACAGGGUAAGAGACAGCUCUGGGAGUGACAGCAAGUCCCUGCUGAGGCAGCCUGGCCCCAGGGAAGGCGGUGCAGCUCCAGGGAGCUUUUUGCAUUUUGACAAGACCUUUGCAGAAACACGGAUUGUAUCAGCACAGCAGAAAAAUGGCAUCGUUAUACCAGAACACAGAAAGAGGAGAGACAAUCGCCCGCAGUGCGAGGUGGCUAAGGAAAAGACUUCUAAACACAACCACAAACCGCUGAGACCCACGGAACUCUCUCAGAGGCAAUCGGAAAACAAAAGGGCUGUGACCCACUCCAGUGGUAGGUCGGCACCUGGCACUCGGAGGGAUAUAGUGCCUAAAUGCAACGGGGGCCUCGUCAGAGUAAACUCUCACCAGACAGUAGUUAAAGUGCCUACGACGCCCACGAGCCCGGUGAAAAACUGGGGCGGAUUCCGAAUUCCAAAGAAGGGGGAGAGGCAACAGCAGGGCGAGAGCCUGGAGGAGACCUGUCGCCAGAAUUCCAGCUACCCCUACCUGGGCAUGGGCAGAGUGCCCCCGAAGGACAGGACGAAAAGCAAGCUAAAGCCUGACAGCGAGAACGAUGGGUACGUCCCCGACGCCGAAAUGAGCGACUCGGAGACUGAGGUGGCUGAGAAGAAGUGCAGGCAGCAGAGGCUCAGUCCCAACAGCACUAUCAGCAGGAGGACAGACAUUAUUCGGAGAAGCAUCCUGGCAUCCUGA